UGGCCUCCAAGCCGGGCAAGAAGAAAAUCUCCAGCGGAGCCGGUACCUCCUCCAGAAGGCCAUCUAUGCUUUCCAAGGAAGCUGGUUCCAAUGAGAAGUGGAGAUUUCCUAUUUGGCCAGAAUGGAAUGAUGCAGACAUCAAUGCAGAAAAAUGGGAUACUGGAAAAGCUGGAAAAGAAAAACCUGGAAAAGGUCAAAUUUCACCUGCAUUUGAUGAUCCUGAAGGGAAAAUAAAGUUGCCAGCAUCCUUAAAAGUGCAUUCAUGGAAACGUCCACAAGAGUUUUUAACAAAAGAGGUUCCUGUGAUAGUCCAAAAUGAAACCUCAUUUGACCUUGUUUCAGCAAAUGAGCACAUAUUUUGUUGUGAGCUGAUGAGAUGGAUUGUAAGUGAAAUCUAUGCUCUCUGGAGGAUAUAUAAUGAAAAUUCCUUAAAUAGUGAAACACCCACAGUUGUUUGGAAACCUUGGGAACACAUUUAUGGCUUAUGUAAAUCUGCCAAGGAACCCAUAAUAGUGUACAAUAAAUUUGGAAAAUAUGCAUUGAAACUUUAUUGGAUGGGGUGCUGGAGAAAGAUCAUUGUGGAUGACACUAUGCCUUUCAGUGAAGAGGAGAAUUUAUUAUUGCCAGCUACAACCAGCCAAAAUGAACUUUGGCCAAUGUUGCUGUCCAAAGCUAUAAUUAAGUUAGCAAAUACUAGUAUAUAUGCAACUGGAAGAAGGGAGAUGGAAGAAUUUACAGUUAUGCAAACACUGACUGGAUGGAUACCAGAAGUUAUUCCUAUCCAGCCUGAAUACUUGGACAAAGUUUGGGGCUUUUUGAAAGAGAUUGUGCCAGAAUUCACGUUGCCAGAGAGAAAGUCUCCAGAACUUGAGAUUACUCAGGAUGAUACAAAAACUGAAGAAACCAGGGACUCAGAGUUAAAAAGUGAACAGUCAUCUGUGAAUAAGCUGCCAGAUUCAACUGAGAGAGCAGAGACAGCCGGUAACAUUAGCAAAGAAACACCCCCACCACCUGAGCCAGAAGUGGUGGCGUACGCUGCCUGCACACCGCUGUACUUGUUUGAAGAGGACAUUUUUUCAUUAACACGAAUGGCUGAUUCUUCAGAAAAGAUGAGGCAAUAUGGGCUUUGCCAUAUACAUAGCCAUCCUGUCCUGAUAACUAGAACAAGGUCCUGUCCUCUGGUAGCACCUCCAGAACCACCAGCAAUUCCUCCUUGGAAGCUUUUCCGUCCGAAAAAGGAAGUUGUUCUGAAAUGUGAACCCCCAGAGCCUGUGGUAGAGAAACCUGAAAAAUUCGUUGAGAUUGCUAGCCUAUUUAUUAAAUACAAAUUGGAUAUUAUGAAAAUACCAACGAACACCCACGUUUCAAAGUCUAUCCUCAAAAAAGGAUUUCAGUCUAUGUCCCAUCUCGCUUCUGUUACUGAAACUGAUGAAAAUGAAUAUGACAGUAAUGGGGAUAUGAAUCAAAAUGGGAGACACUCAAAUGCAGAAGAUUAUUCUCAGAAGACCAGUCCCUCGUUGCAACAAAAUGCAGAGGUACUCAGUAAAGAAGAGCAUGACAAUAUCAGUUUAGCUUCAAAACAAACGUCAGAGAAAGCUGAUACGGAUAUGAGGAGCCAGACAGGGACUAAAUCAAAGGAUGAAACAGCAUCAGAAAAGAUUUCAGUUUCCAGGGAAACCUGGAUUACCUUUGAAGAUUUCUGCAUUUGUUUCCAGAGGCUGUAUGUUUUCCACAAGCCAGAUACAUAUGCUUAUAGCUAUCAGAAGACAAGUUUUAAGUCUUCUGAUGAGGAAGUCUUCUAUUAUUUAAUUGUGGACAGUGUGAUGCCCAUUGAAAUGCUGGUUAGCUUUUCUGCAUUAGUGCACUGGUAUGUUACUGAAGGUACUCAACAAGAAUGUUCAACAGGUGUGCUGAGGAUUGAAUAUUUCUCUUGGAAAUCUGUGGCUCCUGGAGAACUUGUGUUAAAAAUGCAUACAUCUGCAACCAAAGCUACUAUAGUAAAUCUUCCUGUUGGGCGACACAUCCUGCUUUUCGCAGUAGCUUGUCCCAUGGGACACCACAUUCAGCUGUAUACCACGGUGCCAUGUGUCUUUGGAGAAGAGGAUGCUGUGAUGCCAGCUCUUCAGAAGGAGAGCUCUCGAUUUAUAGAACAGGCUACAGUUAUCCUGAGAGCUGUUGGAAAUGUGAUAAAUAAUUACAGCAAUGAGGAUGAGCUUCCUAAAGCCUUGAAGGAAUUGGAAGCAGCUUAUUGUCCUCCUGGCCUCCAGGACUCUAAAAGAGCUGAAGAAAACAUCAAGAUUUUCAAUAAUGCAUUUUGGUAUUUGAUUGAAUAUGUAUCAGAAAAGAAGGAUCUUUACAGAUAUAAAUUUGCCUUCAGGUCCUUUACUUUGAGUUUUGAAAUCACUGAUAUUUCUGGAGGUGACAUUGUGUUUUCAGAGAUCAGUGAGGAGAAAUCCCUUAGUAGUUGUGAGAAUCAAACUCCCACAUCUGAAGAAGAAGCAGCAGCUCUCAAAAUUCAAGCCAUCUGGCGAGGGACUUAUAUUAGGAAAAUACUGAAGAGCAGAGAACCAGGUACUAAAGAAAACACUGAUGUUGAAGAAACUUUGAAAAACCUGUGGACUAUGAUUGAGUUAAAUUUUGAAGAGUGUGCUGUAACGUUGUUAAGAGAAAUAUUUAAAAGAAACUUUAAUUCAGUUGAAAAUUUUCCUUGUUAUGAAGAUGAAUCAUGUAAGAUGUUUUUCAUUGACUAUGCAGUAACAUAUGCUGAUCAACCACCAAAUGCCUGGUUUCUGGUUUUCAGAGAAAUAUUUAUUGUCCCAGAAGACAUGUUUAUAUUGACAAAGGUCUUUACCACUAUCCCUUCCUGCAGACUUCAUGUCCUUGAUAAUGACACACAGGAGGAAAUGCCACAUGCCUUUUUCAAUGUGGCACCUCAUGUUUAUCCCAAAAAUAAGAAAGGAUACACUUUUGUGGCUGAAGCACACACUGGUGAGCAGCCUGUGCCAGGUGGCAAAUGGAAGCUGCGCUUCUGCACCUCCCAGAGUGCCCUUCCAUUUCUCUCUCGUGAGGCUGUCAAUGAAACCUUCUCUACUCUACAAUUUAAGGAGUAUUACAUACCCAACAAGGAGUUCCUACUGUUUAGGUAUUUUGUAAAGGUCACAGCACCACAUACUGCUACAUUGCAGGUACAAACCUCUAAUUCAGAUGUGCUCAUUAAACUACAAGUCCUAGAUAAUGAGAAGGAAAUUACAAGUGUCAUUGGAAAGGGCAAUGCAGUCAUCCCAGUUUUUAAUUUCAGGAGUAAUCAAUCACUUCUGAGCUCCCAGUUAAAAAAGUUACAAGUUAUUCAAAGUAAUACAGUGAAGGGAUUGGAAACUGGACAAUUAAAAAAAAGAAGUCGUAAUUCGUCAAAGGACAGCAAAGCUUCUUCCAAGGCAGACCUUGUACAGGAAUGCUCAGUGAUAUUAACAGAUGAAUCUUCAGCCUCAGAAAACUUUGAUAAUAAUGUUGGAAGCCCAGAACAAUCUCACCAGUAUUCAAUAGAGGCAUUGGUGUUGCAUGAUAGCUGGCCACUUACUGAGGGUGAGUCUUUGCUUGUUCAGGACCUGAAAGAAAAACAAAAAGAUGAUAUCAAAGUUAAAAAGAUUGCAAAUAGUCCUAAAUCAACCAGAGGAUCAAAAGAUACAGUAUCUGAGAAGACAGAAAAAGAGGACUCCUGGAAAGAAGGUGCACCACUUGAAUCUCAGCCAGGAGAGGCAAAUGCCCCCUACUGUAUUUUACGCAUAGUAAGUGACCAGAAAGAGGCAGAGUUUCUGGAGGUGAAGAAGGACACCCGGCGAGUAGAUGCCAUCAGAGCCAUGAAAGAAGCAUGGGAGUCUGCAGAGCCAGGGAGAGCUGUCAAGGCUUUUCAGGAACGCAUGCGUUUUAUUAAUAAGUAUGCUGUGAGAGAUUCAGAGGAACCCAUAGCUGAGGCUGAGACUGACACCUUAACACCUAGUUCAGAAGAAGAAGGAAAGCAAUCACCACAAAGAGCUAUUGACUUAAGAUUAGAAACACAGCAGAAAACAUGGGAGCUUAUAGACCUCAGUCCUUACACAAGAAAAACUAUGUCUGAACCUGUGCUGAUAAAUGAGUCUAUCAUUCAACAGCAACAGAUACGUAAAGAAGAAAAUUUCAAUCAUUUUAGACAACUUUGCAUGCUGGUUAUGGAACAAAGACAAAAAGAAAAAAAUGAGAGAAUUUUAUUGAAGCAAAAUAUACUUGAAAUGUAUGAGAACCUGCAGGCAUCCUUGGAUGAAGCACGAGGCAGAGUUUACAGCAUUCGGGAAGCAUACAGAAAUGAGCUGCUGGAGGCCGAGCGCAGAAAAGAAGAAGAACUUGCAGCCCUGGAAGCAGCCCUGAAAGCAGAGCGAAAGAAAAACAGAAAACGGUAAAG